CACCAGUUGUACCACCACCUCUAUUUGAAGACAAUAUCGUCGGUGAUUGGUUGAUCGACAGGUCUCGGUCACCAAUUGUUAGCUCCAGUAAUGUGGCCUUAGAGUCGACAAAUCCAAGAUUCUGUGACGGAAUGGAUUGUGAGAAGAGAAGGAAAGACUCUGUUUCAGGGUCGUCUAUUUCUUCGCCAAGAGCGUCCAUAAACAUUGAGCUAAUCAUCAAGAGAUUUGGGACGCGUGAGCCAGGCCUCAGAAUCCUCAACCGAUACUCCUGGCCAUUCACGGACUGAGAUUUGAGCCUUUGUCUUGUACAAACACUGUGCAGUUCUCCAAGGAGCAAGGCUGAGCUCGGUUGACCAUUUGCCCAGGGCUUGGCUACACUCAGUCAGAAAUGGUUGAUAUGGCGAGACAAAGGAUAUUGCCGUGGCGGUCCAGAACUGGACACGUCGGCGUCCUUGGUAGGCGAAGGCUGAGACUACGACUCCGACUCCGACCGCGCUUCCCCAGCUCUUUUUAGGUUACCAGAGAAGGACAGGGCAGAGGUAAUUUGCGAUGUUGCAUGUUCCGCCCAGAGCUUUGAAGUAUAUGGAAUAGAUGGUUGUCUUUAACGAGGACUAAGUACGGUAUUUAUCUCCAGGCCCCAUCUCCACCCCUCAAGGUGGCCCUGAUAGGUAGCUACGCCAUGCCAUGGGCAGCGGAGGCAGAAAAGGGCAGCAUCCCCGACAUCGUGCAGAAGAAAGACCGGGGAGAGAUCAAUGCUGAGUGAAUCUUGGCUAGUUAGCUUAGCCCAGUCUGGGAAGUGGCCGGCCUGCCGCUGUGUUGACAAGGCCAUGACGACUGGUCCUGGUCCUGGUCCUGUUCCCCAAGCUCCCCCAACUCAACUCUUUCUCAAAAUCCAUCCGCUUUCCCCCCCCACAACGCUUCCUCGAAGUUACUCUUCACUGUGUGUGCGAACGUGCAUCGAGUCGCAUUGCUCUUCUUGUGCCUUGUUUACAACCAUAACACCCCAACCACCGAACUCGAGCUUCCCAACAACUUUCCAUCCAAAAUGUCUCUCAAGAACAUGCACCCGCAGCCUAAAAUCUACCACAAGCCGCCCUUCAGCGUCGAGGUUCCUGGAUAUGAGGCAGUUGAGGGUGAGACGAUUCCCCGCAGACAUCCUCUGUCAGAGAAGAAGCUCCUGGACCGCCCAGCCGAAGGCAUCGCAACCCUCUUCGAUAUCGUGAAGCUCAGCUCGGAGAAGUAUGGCAAUGCCAAGGCCUUGGGCACUCGGAAGCUCAUCAAGACGCAUCAAGAGACCAAGAAGAUCAAGAAGAUAGUAGAUGGGCAAGAAACAGAGGUUGAUAAAAAAUGGACAUACUUCGAGCUUAGUGGAUACGAGUACCUGAGCUUCCACGACUAUGAGAAGUUGACUCUCCAGAUUGGUGCAGGUUACAGAAAGCUCGGACUGACGAAGGACGAUCGGGUACAUAUCUUCGCAGCAACCAGUGCUCACUGGUUGGCGACUGCACAUGGCGCUUUAUCGCAAUCAAUGCCCAUUGUCACUGCUUACGACACCUUGGGAGAGGAAGGUUUGAAGCACUCCCUGGUCGCAACGCAAGCCAAAGCUAUCUUCCUUGAUCCCCAUCUCCUACCAACCCUCAUCAAACCACUCCAUGAAGCUACCGAAAUCAAAUAUGUCAUCUGGAACAGCCAAAAUGAGGUCAAGCAAGAAAACAUCGACGCUCUUAAGAAGGCACACGAUCGUUUAACAAUAUUGAGUUUCGAGGAGCUGCGAAAGCUUGGAGAGAGCAACCCAGCCGAGCCUGUACCGCCCUCUGCUGAUGACCUCUGCUGCAUUAUGUACACCUCCGGAUCUACGGGUCCACCAAAGGGUGUGCCUCUCAAACACAAGGCUGUCGUUGGCGCAAUCGCCGGUGUCAGUGUUAUUGUCCAGCCAUACCUUGGUCCCGGAGAUGGCCUAUUGACCUACCUACCACUUGCUCAUAUCCUCGAAUUCGUCUUCGAAAAUGCAUGUUUAUACUGGGGUGGAACUAUGGGUUACGGAAAUCCAAAGACGCUAUCAGAUACAUCCGUCAAGAACUGCAAGGGCGAUAUUCGCGAGUUCAAGCCUACAGUUCUAGUUGGUGUCCCAGCUGUUUGGGAGUCCGUUAAAAAGGGAAUUGUCGCAAAGGUCAACUCUGGAAGCCCGAUCCUGAAGAACCUUUUCUGGGGGGCACUCUGGGCCAAACAAAAUCUUCUCCACUACGGACUGCCAGGAGUUGGUGUUCUUGAUAAUGUGGUGUUCAAAAAGGUCAAGGAUGCGACUGGUGGACGAUUGAGAAUUUGCAUGAACGGAGGUGGCCCAAUUGCCAAGGACACGCAAAGAUUCAUUUCGAUGGCUAUCACUCCUAUGAUCAGUGGGUACGGACUGACUGAAACCACCGCUAUGGGUGCCUUGAUGGACCCUAUGGAGUGGACUGACGAGACCCUUGGCGACAUUCCUGGAUCCGUUGAAAUUAAGCUGGUUGACUUCCCUGAUGCGGGCUAUUAUGCGAAGAACAAGCCAAACCCGCAAGGAGAGAUCUGGAUUAGAGGUGUUACCGUCAUGGAGGGCUACUACAAUGACGUGGAACAGACCAAGGAAGCUCUCAGCCCAGAUGGAUGGUUCAAGACAGGUGAUAUCGGAGAGUGGGACAAGAAUGGCCACUUGAAAAUCAUCGACCGAAAGAAGAACCUGGUCAAGACUCUCAAUGGCGAGUACAUUGCUCUCGAGAAGCUGGAGUCUGUCUACAGAGCCGCAACCGUGGUGGCCAACAUCUGCGUUUAUGCUGAUCAACAACGCACUAAGCCAGUAGCGAUCAUCGUUCCUGCUGAGCCGGCUUUGAAGAAGCUUGCAGAGAGAAUCGGUGUUCAGGGUAAUGGUAUCGAGGAUUUGGUUCAUAACAAAAAGAUCCAAGAUGCAGUUCUGAAAGAGCUGCAGCAAGCAGGCCGAGCCGGUGGUCUGAGCGGCAUUGAAAUCAUUGAGGGAUCAGUAUUGGCGGACGAGGAGUGGACACCUCAAAAUAACAUGGUCACCUCGGCCCAGAAGCUCAACCGAAAGUUGAUCUUGCAAACAUACAAGAAGGAAGUCGAUGCUGCUUACUCCCGGAAUAAUUAGGUAAUGGUCUGUUCUUUGCUACGGCAGGAUUCUGUAUGGUUGGGAAUCGGUUGGGAAUGGGUGAAGUGGAAUAGUGAAAAACAGUGCUUCGGUUUGAGCGUCUUUUUGAUUGGUUUGGGGUCGGUGCUGCUUGUAUGAUAUCUGUCGUGCCAGAAAUCCAAGUUUCGUUGAGCUAGUACCCGAUGUUGACAUAUGUACCUGGCCGUAAUAAAGUUACUUGAUUCGCUUGGAAAUUAUUUAUUAUCGUUACGAGUGCCGGUUGUGUAGGCAUAGCUCAACUGCCAUGGUCGUUGCCAUUCCUCAUGUACUCAUCAUCAAUCGUAUCAUAAAGCAAGCUCAUCCUCACUAUCAUCAAUAACAUCCUUCUCAAUCAUCCUUCCCCUACCCUCCGCGUCCUCACCAAUAUCAUCGCCAUCCUCGCCAUCCCCCAUCCCCAUCCCCAGUUCCAGCAACUCCUCGUCUCCUUCAUUUUCCUCUAUCGGCGGCGCCAACGCAUCCUCGCUCCCCUGCCACUGCGGUGGUGGCGGCGGGAGCUCCUCUUCAUCUUCUUCCGCCCAGCCGUAAUCCUCGUCAUCUUCGGCAUCGCUGUCGGGGAUCUCGAGGUCUGUAGCUGAGAGCUUGCGUUUCUGGGGGAGGGUAUUUUGAAUUGGUGCUGUAUGAGGGGUAUUUGUGUUUGUGGUGAAGGACUGUUGAUGUUUCUGGGGCAAGGAUUGGGUGGGGAGGACGAUGAGGGGUAGGGAGAGAGAGUGGAGGCCAG